AUGGGGAGUGUAAUGGCGAGGAAGUUUGUUUGGGUGGUUUUGUGUGUUGCUUUGGUGGUGAGCUGUGAGUGUGUGGAAAACAGGAAACUAGAGAAGAAAGGUGGAGAAGGAGAAGUGAAGAAGCCAGAGAGGUUCUUCGAUAAUCCAGGGUGGAUUGGUGGUGGUGGUGGUGGUGGAGGAGGCGGAGAUGGUAAUGGUGGUGGUGGUGGUGGUUUUGGGGGUGGUUUUAGUCACGGAGGAAAAGGAUUCAGUUUCAGGCAUUCUUUUAGUUUUGGCAAGGGAUAUGGUUUCGGCUUUGGUUCAGGAAGGCCUAGCAUUGGUUUUGCAAAGCCUGAUUGUAUUGAAAAAGGUCGUGGCGGCGGAAUUGGUGGUGGCGGUAUUGGAGGCGGUGGUGGGUUUGGCGGUGGGGGUGGAGCUGGUGGUGGUGGUGGCAUUGGUGGAAAGCAUCCUAAGAGAAAUCAUCAUCAAGUUGGUGGUGGAAUUGGAGGAGGUGGUGUUGGGGGAGGAAUUGGUGGUGGAGGUAGUGAAGGAGGAAUAGGUGGUGGUGCUGGGGGUGGCACUGGAAAAGGAAUCGCUGGAGGAGGUGGUACAGGAGGAGGCAUUAAAGGAGGAACAGGUGGAGGUGGUGGCGAAGGUGGGGGGAUUGGUGGUGGUUCUGGUGGGGGAUUUGGAGGAGGCAAAGGUGGUGGUGGCAGUGGUGGUGGUGGCGGUGGUGGUGGAGGAGGAGGCAUUGGCAAGGGAAUAGGAGGAGGUGCUGGUGUUGGUGAAGGCACUGGCGGUGGAGAAGAGAUUAGUGGAGGUGGUGGAGGAGGAGUUGGUGGCGGUGGUGGCACUGGCAGCAAGGUUAAUGGCUCUUUGGAACCGGUUGGGGCAAAAAAACCUUGA